AUGUUAUUCCGAAUCUAUUCACACAAAGGACAUAUCCCCCUCAACCUGUGCGACACUUGCAUCUCAAUUUCCAAAUCCGCUGUCUCCAAGGUACCUCCCGAUAAAACAAUCCAGAUGCAAGUCGUCGACUCUGAGUCGGAGGCCAUUAGACCCCAGAGUACUACAUCAGCAUGGCAAUCAGCAAAACAAAACCCCAGAGUCAUCCUCUUCGGCCUGGGCGCCUGCGUCAGCGCUACCCUUUGGGGCUUCGAUAUCGCUGAAAGCCCACUUGCAAGUACAGCCGUGGCAGCCGUCGUAGUCGCGAUUCCGGAAUUCAAAGUGGUUUUCGGAUAUGAGUAUGAGGGCGAAUUGCUCAUUUCUGCGACGUGGAACUCUUUAUGGACGGCUAUGGCGUUUCUUGGGAUGAGUAUUGGCAGUAUUGUAUGCGGUUGGCUCUCUGACAAAGCCGGUCGACGCCCUGGUUUCCUGGUCGGUUGCUUGUCAUCUAUUUUCGGGAUCGGGUUGCAAUACGCAGCGUCUCGUCCUGCGAUGCUUCUCGCUGGCAAGCUGAUCAACGGCUUCGCCCUAGGCUUCUUCCUAACCCUAACCUCAACCUACAACUCCGAAAUAAGCCCCCUCCCCCUCCGCCCAGUCCUAACAGCAGCAAUAAACUUCUUCAUGAACGCCGGCCAAAUGGCCGCAAUGGCAGUCGGCCUGACACGAAUAAACAUUCUCGACAGCUCCUCUUACAAAGUAACAUUCGCAUCACAGUGGUCCUUCCCCUGCGCAAUCCUCCUAUUUAUCCUCAUUCUCCCAGAAAGUCCACACUUCCUCGUCCGGAAGAGUAAAUAUGACGCCGCUAGAGCAAGUAUUCAGAGACUUUACGGAAAGUCAGCGCGCACAGCGACAAUUCUCGAAGAAAUCAAGAUCGCUGUCAAGCGCAAGAGACAAAUCGCCCAUUUUCAAAGGGGAGAGGGAUACAUAGCCUGCUUGAAGGGCUCGAAUUUCCGCAGAACACGCAUCGCGUGCGGGAUGUUCCUUGUUCAGCAGGUUGCUGGAAUCGCAUUUUAUACCCAAUCGCUUUACUUCCUGGGCAUAUGUGGGCUGGACGUCGAGCUUACGUUUAAGCUUGCGACUGCGAGUUUUGGAAUUGCGCUUAUUGGGAAUAUUUUGUCGUCGUUUCUUAUGUCUUAUAUCGGUAUAAUCACUUACCGUACCUCACAUAGGACGCCGCCGCCUCCACUCACCGGCACAAUCCUAAACAGCACCCUCCUCCUCAGCACAGGCGUAGCAGGCUGUUUCCACACGCAUAUAUCCCUCCUCUUCCUCGCGUACACGAUGAAUUUCGCCAUAGGAGUGCAUGCACCCACCAUCGGCGCUGUGUGCUGGAGUGUCUGCUCGGAAAUUAGUUCGCUUGAGCUCCGGUCGCAUACGCAGGGUCUUGCGAUGGUUGUUAAUGCUGUUGUUAGUUGGUCGUUGAGUUUUGGGACGCCUUAUUUGAUUAAUACGGAUGAAGCAAAUCUCGGCGGUAAGGCGGCAUUCAUUUGGUUCGGUCUUUGUGUGUUGAGCUUUAUUUGGAUUUGGCCUGAAGUACCGGAGACGAAAGGGCGGACGGCUGAGGAUCUUGAUAGGCUUUUUGAGGCGAAGGUUCCGGCGUGGAGGUUUUAG